CUGUUGGGUAUACAUAGUGAAGCACUGCAAAGCAUUCUCAAGUUCUAACUCUAGCCAAAACCCCCGUUCCUAUUCAAUUCUUAUCUUUAAAGUAAAUCCCUAAAAAUUGAGAGUUCAUUUCCUCUUCAUUCAGUUGAUCCAAGCUGUUUCUCUGCGUCUACUUACAAAACCACUUUGUGGAGUUAGGUUAUUGUGUGAUACAGAAUGUAAGUGGUUGUAAGCAAAUGGAGGGAAGUAAAUGUGUUGGGCAGAAUGGCAGCUCCAGUGAGAAUCGGCCGCCGAAUCCUCUCGCUGGAGUUUACCGUCAGUGUUUCAAUAGCGCUCAUGUCGCGUCGCCCUGCAUGAAAACACUUGUUCGUCACCCAUCUCUCCAGGUGAAAAUGACAUCAGAUGACUCCAUUGGGCUUGCACUAAGUGAUCAUUGUGAAACUGAGUUUAUCCCAAUUGUUCGCUCAGGAGGUUGGGCUGACAUUGGCUUUCGGCAGAGCAUGGAGGAUGCUUAUAUAUGUGUUGACAAUUUUACACAAGUAUAUGGGCUCAAGAGUUUCUGUGAAGGGCCCAGUGCCUUCUAUGGGGUCUUUGAUGGACAUGGAGGAAAGCAUGCUGCCGAAUUUGCUUGCAACAAUUUGCCAAGGUUCAUCGUAGAGGAUGUAGACUUUCCAAGGGAGAUUGAUAGAGCCGUUGCUUCUGCAUUUCUUCACACGGACACUGCACUUGCGGAGGCUUGUUCCAUGGACAAUGCUCUUGCUUCUGGAACGACUGCACUGGCAACUCUUGUUCUUGGGAGGUCAUUGGUCGUUGCAAAUGCUGGAGACUGCAGGGCAGUACUCUCCCGUCGGGGUAAAGCAAUUGAAAUGUCGAGGGAUCACAAGCCAGUCUGCAUCAAAGAGAGGAAGCGGAUAGAAGCUUCAGGAGGGCAUGUCUAUGAUGGCUACCUCAAUGGGCAGCUUAAUAUUGCCCGUGCCCUCGGGGACUGGCACAUGGAAGGACUGAAGAGUGGGGAAGGUGGACCCCUUAGUGCUGAGCCUGAGCUGAUGAGUACAAACUUGACAGUGGAGGAUGAAUUCUUGAUCAUGGGUUGUGAUGGGCUUUGGGAUGUCUUUAGGAGCCAGAAUGCAGUCGAUUUUGCCAGGAAGAAGCUGCAGCAGCACAAUGACCCAGUCAUGUGUUGCAAGGAACUGAUCGAUGAGGCUUUGAAAAGGAAGAGUGGGGACAACCUAGCUGUUAUAGUGGUGUGCUUCCACUCAAAGCCUCCACCAAACCUGGUUGUGCCACGCCCAAGAGUGCAGCGAAGCAUAUCUGCUGAGGGUCUACGAGAGUUGCAAGGCUUCUUGGAUAGUUUGGGGAACUAAAGUGGUGGGGGUUAGUUUUUCCGAUUGUCAGUCUUAGCUGUUCAGAGUUAGUCUUGAGGUGAUCAACCAACUGUAUCAUAUGCGGCACUAACAGAUUCUUGUUUUGUUUGACUUAGAUCUCAGCGUUUAUUGUUCGACUCAGAUUCUUAGCAUUUAUUUCAGUUUUUGUCAAGAACUAGCACAGAUAUGGAUGGAGCUGACAAGCUCUACUGUCCCAAAACAAUUUUUUAGGAUGGAAUAUAUUAACGUGGUAAUUUCUGUUCUAUGUUGCUAA